GUUCUUUUAAUGCACAUGGCUGAAGAAUAACGCAGAUGCACGCAGUAAACACUAGUAAAGAUGCAAGCGAAGUGCGGAAUGAAGUUUGCCGCAUAAGCAAAGCAAAACAACCCAAACACUAAACAGCCACGCCAGCACGUUGCUGUGAUUUACCCAGGUUUGGAGAUUUCGGUGUCAUGCUUUAGUUUACCUGUCGAACCUCCGUUAUGGAGAUGAUAACAUCGCAGUAUCUUAUUUAUGUUGAAAUGCACGCUGCUGCACAGUGCUGCUUUCUAGCCAGUCUAUCCGAGCGUUUUGCUUUUUUUAAAUGAGAACAUACGAAGUGGUGCUGCGCUGGUCUGUGCGAUCUGAUGUUGAAAAUGUAGAUCUGCAUUUUCCUUUUCCAGAAGGAGGAGAAGAACGAUGGAUGUGAAAGUGAAGGAGGAAGAGGAGGGUGAAUAUCCGGUAUCGGAGCUCAUACCAGUAACGCUGGUGGAAAUAGCAGACCCAGUCCCUGAGGCUCAGCCGGCAGUCCCAGUAAAGACAGAGAGCGCGGAAUUGCCCGUCAACACAGAGGAAACCGAAGUAACUCUGCAGGCCGCCGAGAGCAAGACUCCCAAGAGAAGGAAAAGGAAGCCGCUCGCAGCCAGCAAGACCGUGUACAGGUGUGAUCUCUGCGAGAAGAACAUCAAGCAUCUGACCAGCUUCCAGGAUCACCUGAGGAUCCACACGGGCGAGCGGCCGUACACUUGCUCUCAGUGCGGGAAGAGCUUCGUGCGGAGCUCGGACCUGAUCAAGCACCGGCUGGUCCACUCGGAGCAGAGACCCCACCCCUGCCCCUCCUGCGGCAAGCGCUUCAAACUGCGGGGGGACCUGACCAAACACCAGGCCGUCCACUCCGAGGUCAAGCCCUUCGCCUGCCCCUCCUGCGGCAAGACUUUCAAGCGCGCCGCCUGCCUGGUGAAGCACGAGCGCGUCCACGACCCCGAGAGCCCCUUCAGCUGCCCGGAGUGCGGCCGCGGGUUCAAGUGGGAGGCGUCGCUGACCGAACACCGGCGGAUUCACAGCGGGGACCGGCCCUUCGUGUGCGGGGCCGACGGCUGUGCCAGGAGCUUCACCCACUUCUCUACCUACCAGCAGCACAAGCGCGCCCACCUGAACCAGCGACAGUUCAAGUGCGGGACCUGCGAGCGGGGCUUCAACCAACGCUCCAACCUGCUCAAGCACGAGAGAACCCACAGCCAGAAGAGCUAGCGCCAGGGCAGGACUGACUCUCUCCGUCUGUCUGUUCAUUUACAGGGUUUAGAUAAUGAGUGCAUUGCUUAACAGUUUAAUAUUUCCUUCCCUGUAAUAAGUGGGUUCAUGGGUCACCUUCCGGGGCGGGGCGGGGCGGAUGAUGACACUGAGGUUUCAUGAACUCUUGUCGGUGUAUUAUUUAAGUGAAUUAUAUAUAAUUCCCCUUGCAUCUGAUCAUGUGAAUAACACACCCACAAGAGUUCACGAAACCCCAGUGUGCCGAGAUCAGGAGCUGACCACAGGUCCAGCCUAGUCACAAGAGGUAUUACUAGACAAACAGAAUCGUGUUGUUAGAUUUGAAAAUACUGUAAAAUGUACCCAAGUUGGAGGUUUUUGGAUGUUGGAUUGGGGGCGAUGUUGUGGAUGGUUGUUGGUGUAAAAAAUAAACAAAUACAAAAUAAACACCGGCACCAGCUGUUUGGAGCAAUGAGCCAGUUGAUUAAAACAAAGGGUGAUUGCUGAUUAAUUGAAAGGGACACACGCAAUUACUGUGUGAUGAGGAUAAAACUGAAAACGGUUCAAGCAGAUCUUCUUAUACCCACACAAAACAAAAAAAAGCACAUUUGAAUCCCGUAUGAAAUAAAAGGUGGUUUCACGCUGCACGCACCUUCCCGUCAACCUUCCUUUCUCUCUUUCAACUCCUUAUUUUAUUUCAAAAGUCUUGAAUGAAAAGAACAGCAUUUACAAGAACAUCUUCAAAACUUUACAAAGGAAUCGGCGCUCCGCAAAACAGACCUCUCUCUGUAUAGCGACUCUGCACACGGAGGCAGAAGCCUGCAUUAUAAUAACGCAUCUCAGGGUGAUUCCUACAGCAGCGUGGUACAGUCCUAUAGAAACACUACAGUAGCACUGGCUAAAGUGGUAUAGGUCUCACUGCACAAACUAAAAUGUCUUUGUUAGCACUGCAGAAUGCUAUUGGAAUGUGUGUUUUAUUCGGGGGAAGAUACGAUCAAGCAGCAUAACAAACCCGAGUUUGUGUAAAGAGAGAUGGUAGCAUGUAUACUGAUGGAGCUGUGUGCGUGUUGUAAUGUACUCUGAAUCUGGAGCUCCUAAAAUCAUUUCAGUGCUGCCCCCCCCCCAGCUUGUGAAUGGAAAGAAUCGCUGUGGUUUUGUUCAGUAGUGCUUGAUUGUGUUAAAAGCCCCCCCCACCCCAGCUGUAGGAAGAGUUUGUGGCGGCCGUGUCACCCUCUCAUAGAAGGCUGUUCCGUUCCCCCAGCGUCUUGUUCGUUGUCUUUUAUUCCCUCGGUCACACAGACAGGACGUAGUUACCAGCAUGCUGGAAAAAGCGAUGGAUGCCUUAACAGUUUUUUUUUUGUUUGUUUGGUUUUUUGCAGACUCCACCAUGAGGUGGAUGUUUAGUCCUUGGCUGGAGAAUCCCCUUGGUUAUAGGAAACAGAGUUUCAGUCCAGCCUGUGUGGAGAGUCUCUCUCUCUCUCUCUCUCUGAUCCAAAUCCAAUCUGCUGAACAGUCCUGCAG